AGCAGAUAAGAUAAAUGUCAUGGCAUGAGCUUAUGUUACAAGUCCUCUUUUUGCUUCUACUCUGUAUAAGGUACACUCGCCAACAAGAUGUGCCUCCUAACGCAAUGCCCUAUCCACAGUUCUUCCUUCAACCUCAGAAACAAUCAGUUAAAAGAGAGAUGACGACUACUAUAGACUGUGGCGCGUAUGGGGGAAUAGGAAAUCUAACCUACACAUUCUUCAAGGGAGAUUCCCCUCAGUAUAAUAUGAUGAGUAGAUUAAAAUCAGUAGAAGCAGAUCCUGACACCCAGAUCUCAUCCUACUUCAUCCCCAAAGUAAGCAGUGAAGAUGCAGCCUAUUACCAGUGUGUUGUUAGUGAUGAUGCUGGGGUUAUCAUAUACAGCAAUGUUAUCUACCUUCAAGUCGUGGACAAUUAUCUAACGCGAGGUUUUCCGGUAUUAGAGGACAGACUGCUUCUCUCCACCGCGCGCCUGCACGUGCUGAGAUGUAAGAUGCCCGCGUCUAACCCCCCUGCUUUACCGAGGUGGUUCAAGGACAAUGUUCCUAUUAAUCAGGACGACGAGAACAUGUUUGUUUCACACGGAACGGGAGUCAUAGAGGGAGAGAACAUCAGCAUUGGUGACCUCGUAAUGUUUGCCCUGAACUUCGAACACGAUGGGAUGUACACGUGUGCAGCGUACAACUACCAACUUGAUGACGGUUCUAAUCAGAUAGACGUUGCUUAUUAUAACGUUACCAUCGGAACAAGUGGUGAUAUUGGAGAGUUCAGCUCCCAGGAAGUAAUAGUAUCCGAACUAAAAGUGAACGUAGGAGAAGCAGGGUACCUGUUUUGUGGGGGUAUAGGUAAUCCUGCCCCUACAACAAAGUUCCUGACUGUGUCACCUACUCUGCCUGGCGUGCUGGGCCCUGCUACCAGUAAAGGGACUUCAUCCAUAUUGGUGACAGUUCCCGCCUCACUGACUAGUACACCCAAUGACUACUACGCUGUGUGUCAAGUGGGGAACAGUUACUACACGGCUAAACUUGUAGUUGUUGAGCCCCUUAUCAACAGUGUCGACUCUGUAACAUUUGACGACACAGUGACAGCCCCGAUAAUGUACUACACAGACAGAGACACGCCUCCUCUUACCCUAUCAUGUGAUACUACACUGGAUGGGGGUGGAGACAGGCCUGCUAAACAGUGGUUUAAAAACGGGCUAGUCUGGAACAUGGGGCCUUAUCAUGAGACCGAUCUUAAUUCUGCUGAGGCUCUAGCUACUAUGGUGUCGUCUCUUAACACUGCUCAGCGGGAGUUUGCUGACAUGAUUGACCAGCAUGCUUCUGCUGUGGCUGACUCACAAACUCCCGCUCAGCUGCUCAUGUUCCUCAGUGGAGCUGGAGGUGUUGCCAAUCUUGAGAGUCAAGGAAGCUGUUUUGUCCAGGAUUUCGACUACCAUGGAGCUGAUAUCAAGAACAUAACAAACGUCGACUCUGCUGAAUCAUGUCUUGCUAUGUGCGAAAAACAAGCAGGAUGUCUGUCGAUGACGUACUACUACUAUGGCGGCGGCUGCUGGUUGAAGAACCUCAUGUACGGUCAGAACCCCGCCCCAAAAGUCGGAUGUGUCAGCGCUAACCUCGUCUGUCAAGCCAAUCUUGUGAGUCAGGAAAGCUGUUUUGUCCAGGAUUUCAACUACUAUGGAGCUGAUAUCAAGAACAUAACAAACGUCGACUCUGCUGAAUCCUGUCUUGCUAUGUGCGAAAAACAAGCAGGAUGUCUGUCGAUGACGUACUACUACUAUGGCGGCGGCUGCUGGUUGAAGAACCUCAUGUACGGUCAGAACCCCGCCCCAAAAGUCGGAUGUGUCAGCGCUAACCUCGUCUGUCAAGGAAUUUGGAGCAAGAACGCUGGUAAAUAUUUGAGCGGCUACAGCGCAGGAACCGCCAAAUACGACAGUCUUCUGACGGCUCAGAGCGAAUGUCUCAAACGAUCCGGUCAGUUCAAACUUGCAGUUAAUUUGAUGAUAAAUUAG